AUACGUUACACAGAUGUGACUCGACAGUGAGAGAACAUGCAGUGUGUAGUGUCGAAGCUGUGCCUGCUGGUAUGGUGUUCUUUGGUAGUUGGCAGUGAUCAAGCAGAAACAGAAUCCUUGGGAGACAAAGUGAUAAAAAAGCACGAGGAAUGCGAGGAAAUCAUCAGUGGAGCAAUAGAUGACAUUUUGAAAAAUCCUGAAGUAGAUCCUUUCGAUGAAUUUCGAUUUCCUGCUGUAGAUAAGUACCAUGAUUGCAAAGAUGAACUGGAUGAUUUAAAAAAAGACUACAUGAGAACCAAUAACUUAGAGGGCAACCCCAAAUUCAUUACCAUCAAAACCUCCGAAGGCAAAGAAAUCGCCCUCCAAGGACCCACCGAAGAUGAAGAUGUGAACGAAUUGGACUUUGGCGUGGUCGACGAAUUGUGCGUGGUAAACAGAAAGUGUGAAAACAUUAUGGACGAGAUCGAAAAGGACAAGGAGAAAAAAGAUAAGUUGACUGCAAAGUUUACCAAUUGUCACAUCAUUCUAGAAAGAGUCAAAGCUGCUUACAUUGCUGAAGAAAAACUAGAUAAACACAAACUGAAAGAAGACGGAGUGAUGACAGUGAUGUGUAAAGGCCAGAAGAUUGGGAUGGAACUUCCUAGCUUUGCGAAUAACUUAGACUUCCAUACACCUCUGCAUGAACAAUACUUAAAGUCUGAGGAAGAAUCUGAAGAGAAAGAAGACGCAGACCACCAUAAACAUGCUGAAGAAACUGAAGAUGCUUCUGAACAUAAAAAAUCUGACGAAGGUGACUCUGAUCACCAUGAACAUGCAGAUACAACCGAGGAAAAACUUGAGCCUAAGAAAGGAAAACCGAGCAGCGCUUUCAUUGAAAAAGGAGACAUUAUAUCCUGUGCGAUACUUGUUUUUGUGUUAGCUGCCGUAAUGUGAAAUUAGUUACUAAGUAGUUUACAAGAUUGAGUGUGUUACAAAAACUCUUAAGACUUAAGCCUGUUAGGUGGGGGGUCAUUAUAAGACUUUUUUACUAAUUAAAACGCUUCUUGGAAAAUAGAAUGAGUUGAAAGACACUUUUGGGCCAUGCAAUAAACUAUUUUUAGUCA